GUGCUUCGUUCAUCGGUGUGUCCUCUUGUGAUUGCCUGCUACGUUGAGAAGCUAACAUCCAGUUUAAUGGCACCACUUCGCCUUGGUGGAAGUAAGAGGACAUAUGCGGAGUAUGCAGAGCCAAAUCCAGCAACGGAUUGCUUAAAGUUGUUCGAUGAUGUUGACGAUUCUCGAGGUCUACCUCAGACUUGGACUAUAAUUGUAAGGAUAGAUGUUAAAUUCCCUAUGGAGCCUAGGUAUCAUGAUAAGCAACACUUCAUCCUUGUCGACACCACUGGUUCCAAAAUUGAAGCAAUUUCAUAUGGCAAUAACGUCCAUCGAUUUGACACACUACUUCAGCAAGGAUGCAAGUACAUUUUGAAAGAUGUAGUUUUUGGGCCAAACUGGGGGGGCCUUGAAUUCAGAAAUAUUGGGCAUCGGUUUGAGGUGACAUUGACCAGAAAAACUCGUGUUGAGCCAUACACCUUACCACUUCAGUUCCCUCCCUGCCCAAAGCAUCUUAUGCCAUUUCAUGAAGUGAUCCGACAACCCAACAAGACAUUUGUAGAUGUUAUGGGAAUAGUUGUCCAUAUGGAGCCAUUGGAGCAUGUGGGCAAUAGGCUAUAUAGAGAGGUUGUGUUAAUGGAUGCAAGGUGGCACCUUAUUAUUGUUGGGAUUUGGAGUGACCUCUUCUGCCGGAAUUUUCAACGAUGGUACAAAGCUAGAGAUGAAAAGGAAAUUAUAAUUGCCACUAUGCUGCGACGAAACUCUACACACAGAUGCUUGGAGAGCUCAGACCACACAUCACUGGACUUCAACCCAAGACAUCACACAUGGCAUCAACUAGCAACUGUUCGGCGAAUAAUGAUGGAAAGGCAGAAUCUUCGCUUCAUUAACAGAUAUCUUGAAGCAAGAUGGGCAUACUUGGCGACCGUGUUACCACACUGAUCGAUCUGGGAAUCAAGGAAAAUUAGAUGUAGGGUCAUUAGGAAGUGUUUCUAGAUUGUUUGUCACUAGACUAUUUAUCACUGCUAUGUUUUCGAAAUUUGUAUUAAUGUUACCAGAAGCAGACUGCAUUUCCAAUACAUUCAUGGUUGUGCUAUUCAAAAGUGUUUAGUUGAGUGGACAAUA